UUUCCUGAAUGAUUUAAGUGUGGUUAAAGAUCAGCAGCAGCAGCAUUAGAAGUAACUGUCUGCUCACAAGUUCUCCUCUGCUCAGCACAUUCAGACAUCCUGGGGGCUCACAGUACUGCACCCCAGGGCCAAGCACAUCAGGACAAAAGACUCCGGUUUGAAUGCUCAUUUUACUAAUGGAAUAACGCAAUCAUUUUUUUUUAACCACAUCAAGAAAUUCCCACCUGGACUGAAAAGUUUUUAGAAGUUAGUCAAAAUGAGGUUGUUUCGGAGAAACACUGGGCCCCUGAAACUUGCUAUGGUGGGCGUUGUGUUUGUUAUAUUUGUAUUUAUUAUGCACAAAGACGUUGGCAAUGGUACCAAAGAUGAUCCCUGGUUAAAGAACAUUGUUGAAAGGAAGGACCAGGUGCUUGAUAUGAUGAUGGGAGCAGUAAACAAUAUAAGGGAUUCUAUGCCAAAACUUCAGAUCAAUGCCCCUGUGCAACAAGAAGAACCAGAACAGAAAGUCAAAUCAUGUCUUCCUGGAUAUUACACUCCAGCAGAGCUCAAGCAAUUUAUGGAACGGCCACCACUAGAUCCUAACAGCCCUGGUGCGGACGGAAAAGCCUUCAAACAAGACAAGUGGACACCCGAGGAGACCAAGCAGAAAGAGGAUGGCUUCACCAAACAUUGCUUCAAUGCCUAUGCAAGUGACAAAAUCUCUCUCCACAGAUCUCUAGGACAUGACAGUCGGCCUCCAGAGUGCAUUGAGCAGAAAUUCAAGCGCUGUCCUCCACUUCCAACCACAAGUGUAAUUAUAGUCUUCCACAAUGAGGCCUGGUCCACCCUCCUGCGAACAGUGUAUAGUGUGUUACACACGUCACCUGCGAUUCUUCUGAAGGAGGUCAUUAUGGUAGAUGAUGCUAGCACAGAUGAAUAUUUGAAGGAGGAGCUGGAUAACUAUGUGAAGUCCCUACAGAUUGUAAAAGUUGUCCGGCAGCCGGAGAGGAAAGGCUUAAUCACGGCACGAUUGCUGGGUGCCAGUGUUGCCACUGGCGAGGUGCUGACCUUCCUGGAUGCCCAUUGUGAAUGUUUCCAUGGCUGGCUGGAACCUUUGCUCUCAAGAAUUGCUGAAGACCACACGGCUGUGGUGAGCCCAGACAUUACAACAAUUGACCUUAACACUUUUGAAUUUUCCAAACCUGCGCAGUAUGGAAAGCACCACAGUCGGGGGAACUUUGACUGGAGCUUGACAUUUGGUUGGGAAGUUAUCCCAGCCCAUGAGAAAGAAAGAAGAAAGGAUGAAACAUACCCUAUUAAGUCACCAACUUUUGCUGGAGGUCUCUUUUCUAUCUCCAAAGCUUACUUUGAGCACAUUGGCUCUUAUGAUGAUCAGAUGGAAAUAUGGGGAGGAGAGAAUGUAGAGAUGUCUUUUCGGGUCUGGCAAUGUGGUGGACAGCUGGAGAUCAUACCUUGCUCGGUUGUUGGCCAUGUAUUCCGUACAAAAAGCCCUCAUUCUUUCCCCAAAGGUACCCAAGUGAUUACUAGAAACCAGGUCCGUUUGGCAGAAGUUUGGAUGGACGACUAUAAAGAGAUUUACUAUCGAAGGAACCAACAAGCGGCCAAAAUGGUUAAAGAGAAAAACUAUGGUGAUCUUUAUCCAAGACUGAAGCUGAGAGAGGACUUAAAGUGUAAGAACUUUUCAUGGUACUUACAGAAUGUCUACCCCGAGAUGUUCAUCCCGGACCUCUCGCCAACAUAUUACGGAGCAAUAAAAAAUGAAGGAUCACAAAGCUGCUUAGAUGUUGGUGAAAACAACCAUGGAGGAAAACCUCUUAUCAUGUACCCUUGCCAUGGCAUGGGAGGAAACCAGUACUUUGAAUAUACCAAACAAAAGGAGCUGCGCCAUAAUAUAGGGAAGCAACUGUGCUUAUGUUCCAAGUACGGCCCAGGCCAGGUAGAGCUCAGAGAGUGCCAGUACAAGGGUAAAGGGUCAAGCGUACCGGGCAAUGAAGAGUGGGAGUUCACAAAGGAACGAUUACUAAAAAACACUGGCUCAAAUUUAUGUUUAACCUCUCGGGGAGAACACCCAGCCACUACAGAAUGCAAUCCUGGAGAUGUACAUCAACGAUGGGGCUUCAGCUAAUUCCCAUGGAUAUUGACUCUAAGUGGGGGCUCCAUCUUUUCAGUGCCUUUCAUUCCACUGGAUCCUUCUGAGGAAUCUGAAGAUAAGUGACCAUGGGAGCCAGAAAACCUUUCAACUCCUAUCUUCCACUGAUACGUUUACAUUUUAGAACGGUGCCUUGAAGGAAGAACUAAUAACCAAAAACAAAAAGAAAAACCAUGUCCAUCAAAAUGCAUUCACAAAUAAACUCUGAAACUAGUUGGACUUUGCAGAGCAAUGUGGGUGCUGGGGUGCCCCUCAUUUGAUAUUUAAUAAUAUGAACAAGGGUGAUUUGCACUAGCUGCUCUUCUAUACACUACAAGGGUGCGAUAUACAAGUGUCAUUGAUCAUAUCUUUGUAGUCAUGGAGGUUCAUGGGGUCCUCUGUGAAGUAAAGUGCUGCUUUGGAUUAUGUGUAGCUAAAUCCGAGGAUUCCUAGAGCAGGCUUGAGGAACCUCUGGAUUUCCAUCUGCUGUGGAUUCACGUGUCGGCAAAACAUCCACAGCAGUGGGAAAGCUAUGGCAUAACUCUAGAGCAUAUCAAGGUGUCCUUCCUUAAUGUAUGGUCAAGCUGAGGGUUGUCUUACACUGGAUUACACUAGCUCUCUCUUAUAGACAUUUAAAGGACAAUUCUGCUGGAGUGUAGUGAUACUGGUUCUACUAGUACAUAUAUCUUCAAACUUCCACCAGCAAAAAGAAACACAACCUGCUGUAAGGAUCCUGGCUGCAUCUUCCACCUCAAAUGCACUUGGCCUUCUUCUUUUUGUGUUUUUUGUUUUCUUCUUUUGUAGGCAGCCUGUAGGGUAGUUGUAACCCGUCAGGACUUAUGAUCCCCAACAUAAAAAAAAUCUUAGUAGCCUAGUUUUUUUUUUUUUUUUUUUUGAGCAGAAUUAUUUAUAUGGAACAUGAGACUUAAAUCAUUGCAUUUUCUUUUACAUUUUUAUAAAAGAUUUUCAAACUGAGGUUAGUUUUUGGAUACCACUGUAUGUUUUAAAGGCAAUGGUAAAUUCUUUGAAGAUCACCUGACCCCUAUACAUGCUAGAGACAAAAAUGUAGGUAAUGACAUCUACCAUGAUACUGGUUCCUACGUUGCUAUAUCAUAACAGGUAGAUGACAGGUGCUCUUUUUAUAAUUUUUCCCAUUAGAUACAUGAUGAAUCCGAACUGCAGCUUUUGUAUCCUGCACCCAGUUUUAAUUUGUCUUUUUAAUUUUUUUAUUUCUUAUUAUUAGAAUGAAGGGUUAUUAUUUUGUUUUCCUGUUAUUUUCAUGAUGGUUAAUAUGAGGCUGAAUCACUGUGACUUUAUAUCAGUUCUUCGGACAGUAAGGACUAUGCCUAAAUUAGGCUUCCUUCGGUAGAGCAGAAUGUCCUAAAUGAUUCUGUGUAUUUAUAAUUUUGAAAUCAAAAAUUGUGUGUAAAAUAUUGGUUACAGCUCUGGUCUGUUAGGCAAAUUAAAAUACUAUUUUUCAUUGUGUUAAAAGAAAAACUUGGUGUUUUGUGUCUUAAAGCACAAUAUCAAAGUGCAAUUAAAUGUGUAAAUUCCCAGCAUGUGCUGUGAAUAUGCUAAAAUA